AUAUUUGGGAUCCUAUCAAAAUCAAUUCAUCCGUUAUGCUUCACAAGUAUAACUGCUCAUGCGGGAACCUGUUGCCGCUCAUUCUUAAAACUCAAAAACUUUCAAAACCUGCAUAAAAAUUCCUCUUUCUACACUGUCUCUCCCCAUUCCAAAUAUUUCCUCAAUCCCAAUUCACCUUUCAAUGGAUCCUAAUUCAACCCCAUUUCCAGGCAAAUCUCGUCCCUCAAAAUCCAAAACCAACAGAAAACCCACCGAUGCACCAAAAGCUCUCACCGAUGAACUUCCAAUUUCCAGGCAAAGGCGGGUGUUUGGUACAGUUCGCAACGACGUCGACAACAUACCGGUGAUCACCGCAACUCAGAAGCCUAUAGCCAAACCCUCAAGUGGGGUCGCUCAAAAGCAACCCAAAUCCACCAAACUGAAGAAUUCCCCUGAAAAAGCAAAACCCAAAUCGAAGAAAAAGAGUGUUCGCUUUCCAGACCAAGUCGAAGGAAAAUCUGCACAGAAUGUGGAGGCGGUAAAUGCUGUAGCGCCGGGGACUCCGGUGGCACUGCCUUCUCUAAGUAGGCUUAAAAUUCCAGGCACGCCGUACCUGAGUGCGGAGAAUUGCAUGAAAUGCCGGUUCGAUAGGCUGGAGACUUCAUCCUAUUGGCUUGGUCAGAUCAAGUUGGCAGAGUCCGUCGGGAAGCAUUUCGUGUCGGCUGCUUUCUUUCGACUUGCCUUUGAAUCCAGAGCUGAGCCCAUUAGCUGCCUCCGUGUUGAGCUCAAGCGGUAUUUGGUACGACACGUGUAUCUAUCUGAGCAGACAGAGUGGAAAGAAGCUUCUGUUGGCUAUGGAUUAUUGAAGGACAGAAGCAACAUUACGGGACAGGCAGAAGCAUCAGCUGUGAGCUUCAUCAAGGACAGACCAAUUAAGGAACAUUCGGUCGAACAGCCUGAAAACUAAAACAAACUGAAAUCUGCCUUGCCUGCUUAUGUUUAUAGAAUCUGGCAUGUUUUUGGACACACGUGUCUCAAUUUCGUUUCGUGUUGUACAAAUAUUUUGUCAUUAUAGUAUUAUUUUCCCAGUGUUUCUCAUUCUACUAGCUAUACAA